GUAAUGUACGCGCUCGCGGGCGGCGAGUGCUGCGAGCUGGCGCUGGCCACGCAUGCGCCGAGUGGCGGCGAGUACACCCUGCGCGGCUACUCGAAGGCGCGCGUGCAGAGCGCGGGCAUGGCGGAGCGGGUGAUGAGCGAGGCGGCGCUGCUGGCGGGCAUCGCCACCGCGUCGCCCUUUGUGCCGCUCGCGCUCACUCACUUCCAGGACGAGUCCCACCUCUUCACCGUCUUCAAGGUGCGCGCCGUUAGCGACCUGCAGACGCUGCUCGACGCCGCAGGCCAGCUCGACGAGGAUUCGGCGCGCUUCUGCGGCGCGGGCGCGCUGCUCGGACUGCUCCACCUCCACAACGAGGGAAUCAUCUACCGCAACCUUUCGCCCGACGCGCUCGCACUGGACGCGCGCGGCUAUCUGCAGCUGAUGGACCUGCGGUACGCAAUCCGCUCCGAUGGCGGAGCAGCGAUCGACGCGUGCGGCUCCGCAUACUUCCUCGCUCCGGAGCAGCUGGCGCAGACGGGUCACGGCGCGCCGGUCGACCUCUGGGCGUUGGGAAUCCUUCUCUUUGUGCUGCUCACGGGCGGUGUGCCGUGGAUCGCGCCCGACGAGGACGUGGAUGCCGUCACCGAAUCUCAACUCUACCAGCGCAUCACGGCACACCGCCACGGCGGCGUGGCCGCCGCCGCAGCGUAUGGCUUCUCGAGCGGCUUUGAGGCCUUGGUCAACGACCUGCUGCACCCGAGCCCAGCGGAGCGGCUCGGCUGCAACCCCGCCGUCCGCGACGGCGUGCCGAGCCACGAGUGGUUUCGUGCAGUUGACUUCGACGCUCUCAGCCGCGGCGAGCUCGAGCCGCCUCAC